AAUAGGCGGGGCUUCCGGUUCCGGCGGGGCCGUCCCUAGCGGCGGAAAUGGCGGCUACGGCGGCGGAGGCCGCGGCCUCAGGCUCUGGAGGACCCCGGGAAGAGGCUGAGGCCCCCGGCCCCGCCUGGAAUGAGUCCCAGCUGCGAAGUUACAGCUUCCCGACGCGGCCCAUCCCGCGUCUGAGCCAGAGCGACCCCCGGGCGGAGGAGUUCAUCGAGAAUGAGGAGCCUGUGGUGCUGACCGACACGAAUCUCGUGUAUCCUGCCCUGAAAUGGGACCUGGACUACUUGCAAGAGAACAUUGGCCACGGAGACUUCUCUGUGUACAGCGCCAGCACCCACAAGUUCCUGUACUACGACGAGAAGAAGAUGGCCAAUUUCCAGAACUUUAAGCCCAGGUCCAACAGGGAGGAGAUGAAGUUCCAUGAGUUUGUGGAGAAACUGCAGGAUAUCCAGCAGCGAGGAGGAGGAGAGAGGUUGUAUCUGCAGCAAACACUCAAUGACACUGUGGGCAGGAAGAUUGUCAUGGACUUCUUGGGUUUUAACUGGAACUGGAUUAAUAAGCAACAGGGAAAGCGUGGCUGGGGGCAGCUGACCUCCAAUCUGCUGCUCAUCGGCAUGGAAGGAAAUGUGACACCUGCUCACUAUGAUGAACAGCAGAACUUCUUUGCUCAGAUAAAGGGCUACAAGCGAUGCAUUUUAUUCCCCCCGGAUCAGUUUGAGUGCCUCUACCCAUAUCCUGUUCAUCAUCCGUGUGACCGACAGAGCCAGGUGGACUUUGACAAUCCUGACUACGAGAGGUUCCCCAAUUUCCAGAACGUGGUUGGUUACGAAACAGUGGUUGGUCCUGGUGAUGUUCUUUACAUCCCAAUGUACUGGUGGCAUCACAUAGAGUCAUUACUAAAUGGGGGGAUUACCAUCACUGUGAACUUCUGGUAUAAGGGGGCCCCCACCCCUAAGAGAAUUGAAUAUCCUCUCAAAGCCCAUCAGAAAGUGGCCAUAAUGAGAAACAUUGAGAAGAUGCUUGGAGAGGCCUUGGGGAACCCACAAGAGGUGGGGCCCUUGUUGAACACAAUGAUCAAGGGCCGAUACAACUAGCCUGCCAGGAGUCGAGGCCUCCUGCCAGGUGACUGCUAGCUCAUCCACACCGCUUCAUUGAUGAGGACAGGAGACUCCAAGCACUAGUAUUGCACGAAGCACUUAAUGGACUGGACUCUUGCCAUGGCCCUGGAGGCAGGUGUUUGGGACAAGGCAGGGUGGUUGGCGAGCCACUCCCAUUUGGAGGGACUUGGUGCCCUUGCCUCUGUGCCCCAGCACCUUCUCUCCCUGCCCCCCUAAAGUUCUGCAUUCAGUGUGUGGAGUUCCAGCUUCUGGUUUUCAUCAUGUCUGUGUGUGUCAGUCUGUCAACCUUGGGAUGUGUGUAUGCGUGUGUGUGCAUGCACACCCAUGUUGUCUCUGUUCCUUGCGCCCUUCUGGAUCAGGACCCCACUCUGGCCCAGACCUAUCUCCUGCAACCUCCGUGCCUCAGCCUGAGAUAGAGGAGAUGCUCUUGGAUGCCCGCUACAUCAGGCUACAGGGCCAGAGCUAUCCUGAUGUUUAGGUCGGUCGGCUUCCUUCAGGUUUCACAGAAUCAGGUUCUAGGGUGGGUGGGAAUGGCUACUGGGACUCUACUGGGGAGAGUGAGAAGGAGGCUUGCUUUGAGAGCCGGGAGAGCUUCCUAUGAGAGAGAAUUAGGUUCCAACUUGGACCUUCAUGCUCAAGCCAUACAUAGAAAAGAGCCUUGGGACACAAGAACCAAGGAUUGUGCAUAAAUUUCAAAUUGCAGUUACAUACAGCUCCUCUCUUUCAGCACCAGCUCUUACUCCCUGUGCUGAGUACCAAGGGAGUCCUCCUAGCAUUGGCUUCUCUAGGUUCUAUGGGUGCACACCUCUGUGCAGUGUGUGUGUGUGUGUGUGUGUGUGUGUGUGUGUGUUCACACUGGCCUGCCUCUCUGCUUACCAAGUCUCUCUACUGCUUAACUCUACUGCAGUGGGAACCCCAGGGCAGUACUGCCUGACCUAACCUAAAGAUUUUAAACUCAGUUUCAGCCAUUGGAUGUUGGUCAGGUCUCACUGCAACCUGCCUGAGGCUGACUGGCUAGAGCCUUUUCUGCCUAGGCAGGCGACACGCUCUAUGUCUGAAGAGCUUCCUGGCUCAGUAGACAAAAUGGGGUCAAGCUUUAGCAGCUAACUCACUACCUGUCAUCCACCUCAUGACAAGGACAAAAAUGUAGCCUUGUCUCUUAAAGCCAGCACCUCUGCCAGACCCCACUAAUGUUCCACAAACACCCUCAAAAGUCAGGGCAACUGGUGGAGCACAGAAGUAUAAUUUCCUUUUCACAGCUACUUAGGAGAACCCCUCAGGGCUGCAGCUUACCACUGGGCAGCUGUGCACUGCACAACUCGAAGGGCCCUCUUCACAUGUAUUCAGUGGGAUUGGGCAGUGUGGUGGCCCUGUGUCUUGUCACCUCCACUUCCAUCUCAUGUCCCUUCUCUCUGGAAGGAAAGAGGAGGUGGAGUAUUUGGGUUUCUGUCUUUUUUUCUUUUUUCCUACCAAAGGUUUACUUCAGUGUCUGAGCUAUGGCUCUUACCCCCAAGCUCAGUUUACAGUUACAGUGCACUGAUGGACUGAGGAUGCGUGUGUUUGUGUGUGCGCAUCUGUGUAUGUAUUUUAAGUACCCGAUUCUGGGUUCUCUGAUGCACUGUGUGUGCGUGCAAACACGGUACCUUCUCAAGUGUAGUUCUUUCAAAUAUAGCCAAUGCUGGAAAAUGUGAUCGCAGUGAUCUCCAUCUCUCCAUCUCUUUUUGGGAAAGAGGAGCACACAGAGAAACCAAGGCAAACGGAGGAUAAACUUGACCACAACCACA